AUGUCGGGACUCAUGAAGAACCCCAAAGUUGCUGUUUUGUUUUCGUUCCUUGUGCAAAUGAUGUUUGAACAAUCUUGUUCGAGAACUAGCGCUCGUAUCAUGGAAGAUCCCUCUGCCGAAAUGGGUCAUUCCAACUUGUUGUUGAGGGCGAUGAACAGCACGAUACAUGUUCUCGAAGAGGCUGCAGGCAUAGGCGGAGUGGCAGGGAUGGCUCUCACCAAUCAGCCUGUCGUGAGAGUGAGAGGUGAACUCGAUCGUGUGUACGUUUCGUUCGGAAACAACCCCGGCUGUGGCACUUUGCUAGGUACGACUGUCGCAACAGUGAAGAACGGCCUUGCGGUCUUCACAGAUGUUGGUAUAUCGCAACCAGGAGUUGGAUACACCUUGAAGUUCUGCGCUGGAAAUUGUGUCUCUAUGAAUGGAACUUACACGCACAUCUUGCUCUCAAACCCGUUCGAUGUUCUCUAUGGAAGGUUGCUAGGGGUUGACAACAUUGAAACCCUCCAAGUUGACCAGUUGUUCCAAUUCUCGGUCCUCGUUCAGAGGAACGUAGAAGUAUCUGGCGUGUAUUAUUGGGAUACAGCACAAGAUUAUGAUUUCGGGAUUCAUGCUAUGCUAUGGGGUGACGGGAAACUGGUGGGGGAUACGGUGAUUUGGCCGGUAGAUGGCAAGGCGACCUUCAGAAAUUUGAGCUUGCAAACGAGUACAAGGGACACCCAGUUCCAAAUCAAACUUUUCACUUGUUAUGGCAGAGCAGAGAUCUCAUGUACGGAUUCCCUCAUGAGCACCUUCACCAACUCGUUCUCGGUGUUGCCCGGUAGAGGGGUUGGGAUCACAGUGAUCACUUUGCCAACUUUGAACAUGAGCGUUGCCGGAUUGGCGUUGGGCAGCGUCUGCUCCUACAAAGUUGGGUCCAGGUGUCUGAAGAGAACUUCGAUCCUUCCGCCGACAGUCGCACUCGUCGAUGUCUACGGGAACUAUGCUGACGGGAACGAUUUCUUUGUUUGCGCUCAAGUCCAUCAGCAGCUCUCUGUGAACGAGACCAUUGGUGUAGAAGCGCAAGGGGUGUUGCUCAAGUUCGUAGAACGUGGAGUAGCUUCUUUCGACUCAGUGAUUGUUCGGUCUUCCGGCAAUGAUUUUGUUCUUUUCUUUCGCAUCUACGAGGUCUCGGAGCUGCUUCCGAACUGCUCAAAUCCCAGCUUUGCUAGCACGACGUCCGAGAGGUUCAGCAUACUCGCUGCAGAGGUCAGUCAGCUCAAGGUCGUCGAGCAGCCUGCUGGAGCGAUCGUAGCAAAGUCAACGUCCAACGUCAGGGUCAGCGUUGCCUUUCAAGAUAGUUUCGGAAACAUCAUCACCAAUGCUCAAGGGUUGACUGUCUCUGCGGAGAUCGGCCGGUUUCAGGGUACUUGCAGCUCAUACAGCACAUGCCCAUCGAAUGGCACUUUCAUUCAGAAUGGUCUUUCUACAGACGGAAUUGUCACGUUUGCAAGUAUAAGGUUGUCAACGGUUGGAACGUAUCAGCUCAAAUUUUUCUCCAUGUCCCUUUCUGCUCUAACCACCAAUUUUGAAAUAGUAAGCAGCACUGCGUACAUUAUCGCGAUGUCGACCAGCCCCACCGAUUCUUCAUGCUCGUGGAAAUCAGGCUCUACGGGAGAUGUCCAAUGCACUUUUGGAGGAAUUUUGAUUCCUCAACCGGCUUUCAUGAUCUAUGAUCAGUUUGGGAAUGUUGCUAACGCAGAUAGCAAUGUGUAUGAGCUCUCUGUCGUCGGAACCGGAGCAAACAGCCCAAGCCUGAUUUGCGACGACUCGUUCCCUGCCAACCAGAACUGCAGGGCCUCCAGUGUGGGUGGGAUCGUGAAAUUCACGGACGUGCGGGUGGACCAGACUAGCUCCCAGCUGCAGCUGCUCCUCUCUUUGCCGAACUGUUACGCUCUGACGAGGUGUGAUGACCCCAGCAAGUUCAUCAGCACAGCAGAGACAGACCCCUUCAACGUGUACGCCAUCCGUGACAUCGUCCUCAACUCCAACGUGUGGGGGAUUGUAGCCGGCUGCCCGUCGCAGACUGGAAUCCUGCUCAGAACCUUCGGGUACCUAGAAAACACGGGCAAGAACGUUUUCAUCCCUGUCAACGGAGGGAACGUCGUCGUCUCCCUCUUCGUCUGCGGGGUACAGUACGAUGACUUUCAGCUCUCAUCUCCCGUGCAGGUCGUCGAGCAGUACACUGGAGCCUUCAGGCAGACGACCGAGGUCAUCAAUGGGAAGAGCGUCUUCAACAAGGAGAUUCCUGUCGUCGGGGUGCCUUACUACGCCUACUUCUGCAGCGCCGUUCUCCCUCCUUGCACGACUUCCUCCUGGAUCGUUUCUGCCGACAAGGGAAGCUGCAACAUCACGAGACUGAGCGCUGCCGGCCGCUUCGUCCUCAUCUGCGGAGUUGAGAGCGCACCCAGCAAGAUCAGUUUGAGUGCUAUGAGGUGGUUCCAUCCCAAGAACGCUUCUUGGACACAGGGCACUAGCGCCAACCUCACGCUCAGCCCCAUCUCCCGAGCAUGCGACACUAGCAGCGGCUCCAGUGAGCUGUGGGGCCAGUCCUCAGCCAAGUUCGUUGACGGCAUCGCCUCCUUCGGCAACCUCAGGAUGAACAUCUCCGGCCUGCACACCCUUCGCUUCCUGAUCCAGUUCGACGGCUCCACGGAGACAUUCGUGCGCGAGGGUUCGCUGAACGUCUCCGUUGGCGCUGCAUGGGACCUCAACGUCAUCCGCCAGCCCUCGCAGAUGGUCGUCGGGCAAUUCUCGUCCCCCACGUUCGUCCUCCUACUCCUCAACCUCCAGGGCGACGUAGUGAGGGGGUGGAGCUGCGAUGGCCUGUCGUGUUCCAUCCCCGGGCCCAGCAAGCACCACGUGCAAGUCACACUGGUUGCACUCAACGGCUCAGUCCCGGCAUACAAGACGAUCUCGCAGGAGACUGUGCUUGGGUUGGAGUUUUCCUUCAACUUUACCACCCCCGGCUACUACUCCCUACUCUUCACAUACUCGUCCGCGGACCUCUGCAUUGCCAACUCCCAGCUGACGGCCACCAGCGAUGUGUUCGUGGUCGAGGCUGGCUUACCUGCCUCCAUCGUCUUCGUCCAACAGCCUACGCCGGGUUCGCUCGGGGCGGGAGAUUCUUUCAGCCUGUCGUUCGCGGUCAGAGACUCGUUCAACAACACAGUCUCCACCUCCCAGGCGAUCGCCGUUGCCGUUGCAGAGUCGACUGACGUCUACUUGUACAGUCGGUGCGAUCAGCAGGCAUUCCAGCUCAAUGGGUGCGAAGAUCUGAAGAUGACAAGCAUCCAGAUGACGAGUGUAGUCCAGAAUCUGACUUUCACCAUCGUCAGGCCUGGGGUGUGGAGUGUGAGCCUCGCUCUUGCCAGCGCUCUCAAGUUCAGCUCCUUCCCUGUUGUCGUCAACCAACCUGUGUUCAACGAGCAGACGAGGUUCCUUGAUGUGGGGAAGACAGUCCCUUCUGCCCAGGCUGGAGACGAGCUGAGCCCGCCGGUGACGUUGGCCUUUCAAGAUGUGUUUGGCAAUCAGCUGAGAACUUCAAGCAUGCAAGUUCAGCUCAUCAACCUCGAGGCUUUUCUCGAGGGUCAACUCGUCUACGGUCCCUACAACAUCUCAGGCAUCGACCAGAACUUUGUCGUCCAGGGUCUCCGACUGUUUCAGUUCCAGCCUGCCCUCAAGGUCCGCUCGUCCAACUGUAGCGUUACCGUCUCCUUGUUCUUCUCUGCCACCCUCGUGCAUCCCGGCGGGUCCUCAAGCGUUUCAGGGUCGGCGAGGGCCGCACUGAGGCCUCGAGACGUCUCCAACAUCCUUUUCUUCUUCACGUCCUACCAGCCCAUCGCCGGCGUGAAUUUCUGGGACCCACCAAGUGCCCAGCUGGCGGACGAUUACGGGAACCUGAUCUGCAACCAUGGUGUUGCCGGCGUGUCUGUCCAGCUCUCCAUCUGCAGCCUUGCCAACCUCUGCGAUACUCUUCUCAACAACUACCCGCUGCUGCAGGGAAGUCUCGCCGUCUUUCCCAACGUCUCGGCAUCGCGUGUAGGGGAGCAGCAGCUCGUCGUGCGCUACCUUGUCAACGGGCUCGUGACCUACGAGCGACGGUCUCAGCCCUUCGAGGUCACCAGCGCUGCGGCUGUCAACGGCUCCUUCCUCCGCCAGCCGACAGCAGCGCUGGAGAGCGAGAGUAUCGCGACAGAGAGUGGGAGAGCCGGUUGUGAGCCUUGCAGGGUCCACCAGGGCCUCCUCCUUGAGGUUCUUGACAAGUUUGGGAACCUUGUCACGAGCCCAGUCGAGGUCGGCCUGUCAGUUAUAUACUGUCCAGGUCUGUCAAUCAUGGGAGAUACCAAGGCCUUCUCAGUCGAGGGGAUCGUUAAGUUCGAAGAGGUCGUGUUGGUCAAGUCCUCCUCAUCAUCAUCCUCACCUUCGUCCUCGUACAGUUGCGCGAUUGUUGCGACGUUUGAAGGGGGGGCGAUCGAGUCCAACACAUUUCCUUUCCGAGGGAUACAGUCGCUGCAGUUUGUGUCCCCGCCUGUGCAGACUCUUGUGAGAAGCCGAGUGCAAGGAGGAAACGUGUCGGUCAGGAUGAUAGACGAUGACGGGAUCGUUGUCAAUUCCACGUCCUUACAAGUCAACGUGACUCUGGACGACUUGGCUUGCGACUGCUCUGCUGAUUGCGCCGGGAGCUCGUUGGUGAAAAGUGUCUUCGCCUUCCCAUGCAUUCUUGCGCCACGCGCUUCGGGAGUUUAUUCUUUGACAGCCAAGUUAGUGUCAAAGUACAAACAGCUACAAGUGACAACGUCCUUGACUGUCUUGACUGACCCUCCUUUCAAGAUGACUGUCAGCCCAGUGUCAGAUCAUCCGGCACAGGCAAACUCAGUCCUCAGCUUCUACGUGCUUCUUACAGACGUAUACGGCAACCGUGUGGUUCCCUUCCCCUCCAAUCAAGUAGUCAAAAUGAGCAUCGUCGCAGAUCAGUCACAAAUCAGCAGCACAGACCUUCAAGAUGGCAGGAGGAGGAUUUCAAUUCCUUCCCCAUCUUCAUCAGGAUCUUACGUGACCAGUUUCUCCCUCCUUGGCUCAAACAUACAACCUGUCUCCGUCACCUUCACAGUCACUCAUGCCCCCUUGCACUCUGUUCAGAUCAUUUCGUAUUCUUCCUAUGCCCUUCAGGACCAACCACUACAGCCUGACCCCCUUCUGCAGCUGCUCGACUCGUACAACAACCCGUUCACUUCCUCAGGUUUCAACUUGACUGUGAAAGCUGCUCUCAACUUCUACUACCGGAGGCUUGAUGUCGACCAGAACGGCUUUUUGCAGCUCCGCAACUUCACCUUUACCACCUCCGGCCAGACUACGAUCAACAUCACGGUGAUUGACACCCUGGCUGAUCGCUCAGUUCAGAACUCCUCCGGUUCUAUCUCAGUUCUCGACCUCGAGACCUUGCUGUCACUCCCUGUUCGAUCCAGCACUGCAGGUGAUUCUUAUCUUAACCUAUCAGGACCUCUACAGCUCCUUCCUCUCAUCGAAACCUUCAAAAUCGGUCCCUCUCCUCCCUCCCUCUUGCUCAGGAGCGUUGUCAUCUCCACGGGAGUGCAGGGGGGUCAGACGAUCGUGAAGGAGGAGAUCGCGCUGAAUGGUUCUCAAGUCAACCUUCACUCCUCUCUCCAUCACCUCAACACCACAGGCAUGUUCUCAGCUCGACUUGUCUUCUUGGUGAUCUCAGCCCACCCUCUGUCCCUCUCGGGCCCAUCCUCCCUCUUCCAGGUCAGGGCUGGGCCUCCCAAUGCCUUGAUCAUUCUGCAAGAGCCGAGUGAUCAAAUAGCGCUUCAUGGUUGCCAAGAGAACUUCCCUUGCCCCCUCCCGUUCAACUUCUCUUUCCCUCCGCUUCCUGUACAGCCUGUCAUCCGAGUGGCAGACAGGUUUGACAACGGAGUUCCUGACGUGACGGUGAAUGCCUCGAUCGUCGACCUCUACAACCAGACAUACGAAGGGUGCUGGUUCUCAGUCUCUACGGCGGGCCCGCAAGGCGAAGCUCGCUUCAGGAAUGUAACAGCCAUCCUGCCACCAGACGGCCCGUUCCCUUACUUUCAAGUUGUCUUCGCCGUCGAUGGGAUGCAGAAGCUGUCCAAGGUUUAUUCGAUCAUCUCCGAUUACCUCCUCAUCGUUGAGGCUCCUAGUUCUCCGCCGUCGUCAGUGGUAGCCGGACAGAGUCUGACUGUCACAGUUGGGCUCAGUGACUCCUCCUCCUCCACUCUCCACGUCGGCUCUCCGCUCUCAUUGAGGUUCAGCGACGGGUUGUACACUCAGGACGAGUACAAGGCUUUCUUCACUCAAGGAGUCGCCUCGCGAACAGACGUGAAAGUCACUAGGACCUCAACCAACAUGAGUCUUUUCAUCCAGUACCUCGCGGUCACGAGGCAGAUUGGCCCGUUCGUCGUUACCGCUGCCUCCUACGAUCACAUCACCAUCCUGCAACAGCCAGCUACAGUCUUUAUGGUCGACCAGCCCUCCCCGACUCCAGUACUCCUGGCACUGUACGAUGCUUACAACAACCUUGUGGACGGAACGUUUUCUAUCUCAGCCAAGUCGUCACUGACCUGGACCAACUCCCUCCAAUCCUGCCAGGACUUGACCUGCUCCCUCACGACCUCAGGAGGGAGGGCAAGCUUCUUAGGCUUCCGCUUCCUCACUCUAUCCUCUCAGUCUUUCUUGACCUUGUCCAUCGGCCAAGUGUCUGUGACAAGCAGCCCGUUCUCAGUGAUCGCCGGUCCGCCAGAUGCUGUGCGAAGCUCCUUCACGGGCAUUCCCAGCACGUCCUCUGCUGCCGGAGCGAUCCUGUCGGGGAUCGUGUGUAACGUCAAAGACUCGAGAGCCUCUAGUGUGACGGUGGUGGCGGCAGGCAGUGCUGUGAGUGGAGGGAAGGAGUACGUCGUUCUGCCGCAGGCUGCCAGCUCGGAAGAUGGGUUCUACGUCAACAUGACUAUCAAGAUCCUGUCGGGGUCAGGAGCGAAUCAAAAGGCGACGAUCGUGUCGUACAGUGGGAAGUCGAGGACGGCUGCCGUUCUCUUUGAUCGAGCUGCUGGUCCUGGUUCACAGUUUGCCAUCUACCGCCCGGCUGAGUGGAGGCUGGUAAGGGUGUCGAACAACGUGGAGGCCGAAGUUGACCCUGCAGACUACUUUUGGCAUGGCCCAACGCACGGGGAGAUUGACAACGGACAGGUCGCGGCCUUGCCGUUGGAAAUCUUUGCUAGCGGAUCCUACCGUCUCAAGGUCAAGUCGGGUGACUCUGUGUUGUCCUCAAACGCGCUUGUCAUCGCCUCUGGUCCAGCGGUUUCCUUCAAACUUGCGGUGCAGUCCUCCUCUGCCAAUCAGCUUUCAGUGGGGAGCCUUCCAGCCUUGCAAGUGACGGAGGUCGAUCGCUAUGGGAACCAAGUUCAGAGUUCCACCUCCCGCUCGUACUCGCUCGUAGCAGAAGCCCGGGUCAUCGGGCCUCGGCUAGUGGAGGACUCAUCUCCGAUCUUGACGGGAACUACCACAAAGGCCUCUUCUUCAGGUGUCGCGACCUUCACUGACUUGCAAGUCAAGACUGUAGCUCAAGGGCUUACAUUCUUGGUGUUUACCACCACCCUAGGCAUGAGAGUAUCUGAUGACUUUGUCAUCCUACCGGGCAGCCCUGUCGCCAUGUCCUCUUACGCACACCUCUCCUCGUACAGACUUGACCCAUCGGCGGCCACAGCAUUUCCCACUCAGCCUGUGGUGGGGGUAGUGGAUGUGUAUCAGAACUUUGUCACGGAUGUUGAGAUAGCGAUCGUGCUUAUGAGGAAUGGCCAAGUUUGUUCAUCACAAUCAGAUUGUCAGGCUGAGCUCAUGGGCAACCAGAACAUAGCUGCUGAUGCAGAUGGCAAGUUCUACUACACGGAUCUCUUCGUGGCGUCUGCUGGAUACAACUACACUCUCAACUUCUCUGUCUCACAGUAUCAUUACCAGGCUCUGCACGUUGAGCUCGUUUCCAACCUGUUCACCGUCUUUGCGGGCCGGGCUAUGUCGUUCAAGUUCAUCCCCUCGAUGCCCUGCCCAGCUGCUCCCGCUCCUUGUACGCUCGCUGGACAAGCACUUCCUACUCAUCGGCUGAUGCUAACGGACUUCUAUGGAAACAAGGUCUCUGAGAACUUCGACGGGGUGGUUGUUCAGGCGAGCCUUGAGGGAGGAGGGCAACUGAAAGGAACCGUCACUGCCGAGGUGAAGGGAGGAGAAGUCUCCUUCAGUAACCUGCGUGUCCAAGUAGCCCUUGACCCUUCCGCCUUUAACGUCAUCUCCGUUGCAGACUACAACUGCGGACAAGUACAGGGAGCGUGGAAGCUUCGAUUCCAAAAUCUUGCAGGAGGGAGGACUGGCGAUUUCCCCCUGCCCCUGGUCGUCUGCUCCGACCCCUUCGUCAUCCUCCCGACUGACCCGUCCACGUUACUCGUCUUCCCUUCCACAGUGCAAGGUGCCCUUGCGUACGCCUACCUGCCAGCCCUCAUUGUGACCCUCUACGACGAGUUCGGGAACGUCGCGUACCAGGCCGGAGGCAUCGUCAAGUCGUCGUUGAAGUCAUCGACCAACCCAGAGACAGCCUUGAAGAACGCAAGCUCAGUAGAUAUCGCCCGAGGCAAGGCGACCAUCACUGGGUUGUACAUUGACAGGGAGGAUUCUGCGGUCGUCAUUGAGUUCUGCUAUCAGAUCUACUCCUCCUGCCUCAUCCUUGGGAGCUCUGACAGCUUUGCGGUCAGCACGUUGCUGCCGACUACAGCUCUAUGGAACCAGCAAGGGAGCAUUCUUGCUGGAAAGCCUCUCUCCACCAUAACUGUUUACCUUCACUCGGUACCCUCCAUUUUUUUCUCCCCCGUCGCAUUCCAGAUCCAUCUGUGUCAGAACGGGGUCUGUACGUACGACCAGUACCUGACGGGCUUGAACACUGUUGUUUCGAACACCAGGUGGGUCAGUUUCGGCAACGUCAUCAUCACAAAGACCGGAGUUUUCACGCUGAGAUUGGAUGCAAUCAACAUCCCAAGCUUCAAGGUUUUCACCAGCUCAUUCACAGUCCUUCCCGCAGACAGCAGCUUGUGCAACAGCCCAGGGAGCUGCUCCUUCCAGGUCGCCGAGUCGCCCGUCAAUGGAACCCUAGCAGGCUCCAACUUCUCUGUCUCUGCGGACAUUUUUGACAAGUAUGGGAACCUGUUGACAGCCGGCCAGGUGCAACUUACCAUCGCAAGAGGCCCUGCUGGGGCUCAGCUGGUGGGAAAGACUCUCGGGCAGAUCGACGCCAACGGCCGGGUCAAUUUCCUUGUAUCGAUCACCAUGAGCUGCAGCCCACUUGACUGUCAAGGCGCGUCGGAGGAAGGGUACCAGCUCUUGUUGACCAAGGAGGCUUCCUCGGUCAAGACCGAGCUCUUCAGCGUCCUGAACCUCUUAGAGCUCAAGUCGCUCUCGUUCACCGUCCCUGUCCCAACUGCCAUUGCAGGCAUUGCCAUGCCACUCAACCCGUUCGUGACAGUCAGAGACAAGUACGGCAACAUCGUCAAGGAAUACAACAUCCCGCUGAAGUGGAACGUUGGCAAGCCGGUCGACAUUCAGGGCUGCCUCGUAUGCGCUCACUUUGCCUGGAGCUGCAGUCAGAAUCUCUCUCAGACGUGUUCAAGUGUUUCCCUACCUAGCGCUGGGCAGCUGGAGUUGGGGCCAACGGUCCUGACCAAGGCGCAAUCGAGUGUAAAAUUAUCAGUGACGCUUUCCUUCUGGACCGGAGAGACGAUCGGGACGGCGCUGUCCAACUCAUUCGAAGUCAUACCUGCCUUUGCCUCUCUCGUCUCUUUCGUACUUGUCCCCUCGCAGCAUGUUGCUGGCCUUCCCUUCUCAUACAGAUUGCAAGUGGAAGAUGUCUUCGGAAAUCUCAUCACGCGGGGCUGGGUGCACGCGACCCUUCUAUCUACAUCGGCUGUUCACUUCGACUUGUCUGGCUGCUCGCAGUGCAUUCAGUGGACUAACGCUUCGUCGAUCACAAGUCAGUUCGAGGUCAAAUUGCAAGUGACUCAAUCGGUCCUGGAUGAUUCACUGGUUGUGCUCUUUGAAUAUUAUGAUCCUGAUUGUCAAAAGCUAUUUGGAAACUUCUCGACCAACACAGCAGGAAUGUCAUGCGAGACGCUGAAAACCACGAAGCCUAUGGCUCCAGGCUUGGACUGCUCAACAAACCUCAGCCUAUCAAGUUCUAACUUCUCUGUAUCCCCAAACAUCCCAUUCCAGACUAAGUCAACGGCUCAGACUCAGAUCGUGAACGGAAAAUUGACCUCGAUGGAGAUCACAAUCUUCGACAGACAAAUGAACAAGGCAGUAGGUUUCAAUGAGAGUUUCACACUUUGCUUGCAAAGGCAUCUUAGCUGCAAUCAAACCUCUGCGUUUGAGGUUCAAGACAUCGGCUGCUCGCCAGCCUUGUUCUCGCAAGGAGUCUUCACUGUUUCCCUUCAGAUUCCAACAGUCAGCAUCUGCGUCCCCUCGCUCAUGACCAUGCAGGUGAAGGGAUAUGCUGUUAGCUCAGUCUCCUCUGUCAACCUCUCAGUCGUCAGCCCGACAAUCUCUGUGACUCCUGGUGAGUUACAUUCCUUUGCUCUCCUGCGCAACGUCAGCUCUAUGAACGCGUACGGAGAAUAUUUGUAUGUGCAACCGAUGCUUGCUCUCAGUGAUGUGUACGGAAACAGACUCACUACCCCAGAACAAGUCAAUGCAACUCUUCUACAUUGCACAGAAGAUGAUUGCGAGGCAACAGCAUCUGUUCAAAGUGACGAGUAUGGAGUUGUCAAGUUCACUUCAUUGAGAGUGAUGCGUCCUCCGAACGUGAACGUAUCAGUCCAAUCCUACCAACUCAUUUUCCGAUCUGGUGCAGUCUCGAUACUGACGGACACGUUCAAGGUGUACAACCUUCAAGAACUGGUUGUUUUGAAUGGUUUGAAUCGCAUAGCUGUCGGUCUUGUCGCUGAACCCCCGUUGCGCGUGGGACUGCGAUACGGCCCUUCGAUGGGUUCAGAUGACAUGCAGUUUGUCGACACCUGGCCAGUUCCAGUACAGACAGUAGUGAUGCAAGGCAGUAAAGCUCUUCUUCCCCUUGCAGCAUACACCUCUUUCAUCUCCAACGGUUCUGCUGAGAUCAAAAACUUCUCGAUCCCCUCGGUGCUCGUGAAUCUCACGCUUCAGCUUUCACUCGUUGGGUAUCAACUAAAGAGCACGAGUGGGACUUUCUCUGUUCAGAGCCUCCAAGCGCUCCAUCCGGUAUUUGUGACACCUUUUCCCAGCAUCAUCGAGGCUGGUACAAGUUUUGAUCUUCAAGUCAAUCUGGUAGACGCCACUUUUGAGUCUAUCAAGACUUCUAUUCUCCAUAACUUCUCUGCCUCGUACUUGGUAAAGCUCGACUGUUACAGUGGGAUUUCUCACAACAUCGUUCUUCCUUUCCAAGGAGUCAACUCCACGCUCUCAAUCAACGGCUCUGCAGCCUUUCUCAAUCUUCGUUUCUAUGCAAUCGCUGAAAGUGCUGUUUGUCAAGUUGUAGUUCCUGGGACCGUUGGAUAUGAUUAUGAGAAACCAGAGAUCUUGAUGAGUCCGAAAUUUAAAAUUUCAAGCGCAAACCCGUACCGUAUUGAGAUUGUUCAAUUUCCAAGCAGCAUAGUAUCUUCUGAAAGGCUUUCUUUGUUUCCUGUUGUGAAGGUGUAUGACGUGUACAGCAACCUAUUCACAAAGGAUAUGUCAGUUGCAAUCAAGAUCGAUUGUGUACAAGACUGUGCUGAGGUCUUUGUCGACAACAAUGCUGUUCUUGUCCGAAAUGGAAUUGCGAACUUCUCAGAGCUCAUUGUCAACGCUACAGCAAACAAGAAUGUCACCUUCAAAGUCUCCCUUUUAAACUCUACUGGCGACAUCUUUCUUCAGAACCAUGGCUACAUCCUGGUGCCUUAUAUCCCCAUCCUCCCGAAACUGGUGCAACAGCUCGUUACGUCCUUCGGAAGAAUCGAGAUCGCACUGAACCCCUCAGACACAUCUUUCAACGCAACCAUGAAUCCCUGGCCGCUUCUCCGCAUCGACGACCUCACUGGGAACAAUCGUCUCUUUAUCUGCAUGUCAAUGAUCCAGGGAAAGUUCCUGGGUGCCGUUUCGCAAGUUCGACUGCGACCGGCCGGCGAUGAUGCAGCAGUCUUCAUCAAUCCAGACGGUCAGUACGCAAGGUACGAGAUCUCUGGGAGUUUUCUGACUAUGAACGGGUUCCGUCUGGACGGCAGCCUGGGAGGGGAUUUGCGAUUUCUCUUCUCAGCUUGCAACGAAACUACAAUUCCAAAUGUAGCAGCUUGCAACCAGAAUCCAGCAAACUGCCAAGGACUGCUGUCUUCUGCAUUCAGAGUCGUCAAUGGUAAUCAGAUCAACUUGAAGAAUGUCUUGGCAGCCAAGGACAUUAUCAUGGCAAACGACGCUUUCAGCAUCAGUUUUAUGCUGUUGGAUGAAAAUGGAUUUCCUCUUUCGAGCGAAUCUGUUGAAGCUCACCUUUUGCUGGUUGAACACAAGGAUCCAAAUGUCAACUUCACCAUAGCCACCAACAUGAGUGUAUCAGGUUAUGAUCACGCUGAUGCUGGAAAUCUGUAUUUCUCUGGAGUAAAGGCUGCCUAUGUUGGAGUAUUCAGAGUCACCGUGUCCAUCAGGCAGGAUGUGUUUUCAUUUCAACACAUCACUAUCGUGCAUGGCAAGCCUGCCAAGCUGGUCUUUGACCCCAUCCGACUCAACGGAACCGUUGGAUUCAACUUGGCCUUGCAAUCAAGCAUCGCAGUCACUAUUCGUGACGCCUCAAACAACCUUGUCUCUUGUCAGGGUCUCAAUGAAAGUGACUCAAAGUUCAUACAGCAAAGCGUUCCUGGGUGUGCAACUGCCGCAAGAGUCUCAAUCAAGUUGUCUCUGUAUCAGAAGUGUUCAGGUCAAACAGCCUGUGUAGCGACUUUACAGCAAGGCUUGCUGGAAGGGCAGCUGACGAACGUGACUAACUAUGGGAAGGGAGAAUUCAGGAAUCUCACGAUAUCGAAAUCUGGGUAUGGGUUCUACUUUUCGGCGGAAGCAACGAUAGCAAACCUGAAUCUCAUGGGGGAGAGCAGCGAGUUCUCUGUAUUGGAGACAUCCUAUGGCGGAAUGGUGGUUGGAGGAUGUCCGGCUGAGGGAGCUGUGUUGAAUGUGCACGAGCUUGUAGAUAGUCUCAAGGUGUUGCGAGUGUUUUCAUCGGAUAACCGAAGCAUGGAUUCCACCACAAACGGAAUUUGUUCUUCUGAAGGGUUCUGCUAUGUCAAUGCGACUUCGGUACAGGCGUAUGGGAUUGGAGGAGGAUACGAUAUGGGUCCGAUCCUCUGCACGUCCGCAAACUUCUCCUGCAUAAAGCUAUCGUCGAUGGGCUCUCGUUUCUCGGAUGGGAUGGCUGCUAUCACAAACCUGCGACUGCCGACAGUCUCAAUGCCGAAGCUAACCCUCCGCCUGGAAGUGUCAUCCCCCUUUGACGGGAAGGUUGUGUAUCAAGACUGCCCGGCCGUCGAGCUUCUUCCUGGUCCUCCUACGUCGAUCGAGAUCAUGUUGCAACCGCCGGGAGGGAACAUCGCAGGCUCAUCGCUCACUGUGCAGCCUCAACUUCGUGUCCUAGACGGAUAUCACAACAAGAUUGUUUCUCCUGUCACAUUUAAAGCGACUCUUUGUGCUGCAUGCACUUGUCCUUGCACAGACUCUCAGCAGAUUUUGCCGGGAGGGGUAAUAGUGGAGCCUUCCUGCAACGCAAGCAAACCCCAGAUAAAAGAAGCUUGGAUAUGCACAAGCUCGUCCCCUGCGAUCUUCGACAACAGCAUGCCGAUGAAUCAAGCUCGAGGCUUCGCCAACUUCCGGAAUAUGAGGACCACGAAAGCAUACAGCAAGAUGAAAUUAGUGUUCUCGAUGCUGGGUAUGAACGACCUUCAAUCGUCUUCAAUAUCAUUUCAGGUCAUCCCAUGCUCGCCGAAGUACCUCUUUCUCCCCACCUCGCCAUCAUCCACUUCUCCUUUCGAAGCCGGAACUUUCUUUUGCAGCGGAUCGCUCUGCGAUGUUCGAAUACUCGAUGCUUACAGGAAUUUGGCCAAUGGAUAUCCUGUGGAGAUUCAAGCUAUUCUGUAUCGAAAGCCGGAAGCUAACCGAGCAGGAUUUGCAUUGAAUCCGUCUUGCGCGUGCAAGGGUAUCAACACUAAUUACGCCGUCUCUUCCUCACUGGAAAACUUCGAUUAUGGAAGAUAUUGUGCAGUGUGGGAUGGUUAUGGUUCACAGUGCGGCAUUGCUCAUCAGACUUGCUCGUCAGGCUGGUUGUGCUGCCAGCCUUGGUGCUAUGUGGACGCCUCUUGCCCUGGCGCUGUUCCAGACACUGUGGUGCCCGGACUCUUCUACUCCUAUCAGACCUGUUCGAUAGACUUCGUGACUACUCAGAACUGCGGAGUCAUCAAUCAGAACAAUACGUGUCUAAACAGAGAUGGAGGCAGGUAUUGGAUCUCUACACACACUUCCCAGUCGGAAACAGUCGAGAAUCUCUUUGGAGGCACAACCAAGAGCACGAACACAGGUAUUGCAACUUUCACAGACCUGUAUGUCAAAACUCCGGGAGACUAUCAGCUUGCAUUCAGAGGAACCUACUUGGCACAAAUCUUGUACUUCAAAGAUGAAGUGACUGUCAGAUCAAACAUAGUCAGAGGUCUGAACCUGAUCCAGUCUCCUGAUGAUAACUCGAUCAUCAAUCUCCCGCUCUUGAAGCAGCCCAUAGUACGGCUAUCAGACGCAUACAGCAACACAAUCUUUGUGAAUGACUUCUGCGACACAGUCACCGUCUCUAUCAUCUCAGAUUCCCUGCGAAUGUUGAAAGCUACUCCUUCUGGCAACGUCUCAGCCCUCGACCCAUCACUUGUUCUGAGCAAGAGAUUUGCUAAGGCACAACUUGGGAUGGUGGAACUCAGCGAUAUGAUUGUGGGAGGUCUGACAGCGGGAACAGCUCAGCUGAAUUUUACCACAGGUUGCUGCGCCUCUGAUCCACGACUCUGCUUCUGUGCUGACCCCGUAACGGGUCUUGAUACUGGUCUUUCAAAGCCCAACAAGGGACCUUGUGCUUGGGUAGCAACUCCUUUGUUUUAUGUCAACCAACCUUUACAUCACCUCACAAUCUCUGGAAGUCUUCCGUCCACGAUACAAGCAGGGCAACUGUUUGAUGUUGUCGUGCUGUUGAAAGAUCGUCAAGGGCAGACGAUGAGGAAGGAUGGCGUCACGGUAGUUCUUCAAGUUUCAAACCCUCUGACGAAGCUUCUUGGGCCAAGACAAUCCGCCUCACUCCAGGGUGUAUGCACUUUUUCAGGUUUGCAGAUUUUGGAAUACACGAAUGGUGACCUGCUUUACCUGAAGUUCACAGCGAGUGACAACAGCGACAUCUCCACCACAUCAAGUCCCUUCGUUGUCAUUGCGGCUCCUCCAUUCAAGCUUCAAGUCACUGCAAGCGUUGUGUCCAUCCAAGCCUCGGAUAUCCAGACGACUGGCUCCAUCAUUCAGUUCAUCAUCGCAUCGUUUGAUGAGUUUGGAAAUCCAUCGCUCAAAGGAUCGAACGCCUCCGCGAUGUUGAGUGUCGAUACAAUGGCAGUGUCGACGGAUUAUUUUGGAGUUCAACCAACUUCAGCUCAGAUCCUGACCGGCACUACCGUUGCAUCUUUUGACUCCUCCACUUCUCGUGCUUUGUUUGACAGCUUCUCAGUCAGGUUUGCUGGGAACUAUCGGUUUCUGGUCAAAGUUGACUUCGGCCUCGAAGCUAUGACUCCGGGCAUUGUUGUCACUGCAGCUGACCCUGCAUCGCUUGUCACCAUCGAUUUCGCCUAUGAGAUCAUAGCGUAUGAGCCGAUUCCUCUUCGUUUCGCUAUUCUUGACAGGUUCAAGAAUGUUGUCACAUCGAUCAUUGGGUCUGUCUUUUCAAUUUCUAUGCUAUCUGGGCAAGGUUUCAUUCUCCUGAAAGACGGCACUGGCACCGCCCAGCAAGAAUGUAAAACUACAGCUCAAGCAGGAAUUUUGAACUUCUUGGCUUGUUCCGCUGUCUUCGAUUCUGCGACUUCCCAGCAACCUCAAAUCUCUGUAUCGCCUCCGACGAGUUUGAGUAUCCUCACGACAGCUAUAUCAACAACAAUCUACCCUGCUGUGUCGUCCUUUUCAGUCUCCUGGUGCGUACCCAAAGACAGGUGCUCACGUUUCAACGUGUGGUGUGGCUGUUAUACAGCGGCACAGUUCAGCGAACAAGAUUUUCGAUUCAUUCUGAAUGAGGAACUCUUUUACUUUCCGCGCAUCUUUGUGUUUGACCAAAGUCAGAACUUGGCAACUCGAAGCAGACUGAGUAUCUCCAGCUCCACAGCGAGUUCUUCUUGUGUGAAGCUCUUCGGGUCAACUAGCCUGAUGGUAAACAAUGGCACAGUGGACUUUCCAGACAUCGGACUGACAAAUAUGGGGUGCCAAGAGAGUGCUUCUUUGACAAGUGAGACGCUGUACUUCACCAUCAUUCUUGGAAAUGGAAAUCAAAUUCAGGUCGCCAAUACAAUCCUACUGACACCUCCAGUCAACAGGAUUGACGUGGAGAAUUAUCGUUUCAAUCAAUACGCAGGAAACAUAAUCCCCCCUAUCAUGAUCAAAGCAUAUGCUUGCGUAUCCACCGACGUCUGCAACAUGGUGAAUUACACGACCAGAUCGUUCAAGGCAAACAUACAUAGUUUGCACAUUCCCGCCUGGAAUAAGAUUGAGCCUGCGCUCAAGGGGACUACUGUCAUAUACGCAGCUUAUGGAAAUGCCACCUUUGCCGAUCUCAGAAUAGAACAAGCUGGAAUCUUUGAACUUUUGAUCUCUACAAGUACGCCGGGGGAUCCUAAGACAUAUUCUGCUCUAUCAAGGCCUAUCAUCCGUAUCUCAGCUAAUCAGUUGUACGCAGUCAAUGUCAAUCAGGCUCCGGGCGUCUGGAGAGCCAGUGACGUCAACGACCCUCUCGUCCUCGAGCUUGUCGACUUGUACGGAAAUCGACUUGACUGCGACUUCGGCCUGUGCCCCGACAACUCAACCAGUUACUUGAAUCUCGGGCUGAAGCCAGCCACUCAGCUGCGCUCGAGCCCGACUCUGAGUCUGAUGCUGGACUAUCCGAGUUUCGAGCUCCCUUGUGAUUCCACCUCCCUCGACUCUCAAUUGGGCUGCGGCUGCUUUAGCGGUUCGGUUCAAGCUAAUGCUGUCAGGGGAUUGGCAGACUUCGGUUGCAUAUCCAUCAGCAAGGCCCUCAAGAAUUAUUCAUUGUCGAUUUUCAUCGACCACACGAGAUAUCUUGAGAUGUUCUUCGAUGUGACACCUGGCUCGCUAAAGCGUCUUGAGGCGGUCAGCCAGCCCUCAGUGUAUGGUAUUGUCGCUGGACAAGUUGUAGCGCCUGUGGUGAGUGUCAAACUGCUGGAUGGCUGCGGGAAUCGGAUCAUCUCUCGGGCUCAAGACCUCCUUCUAGUAGCCGAGGCCUGUCCAGCAUCGGCCGGUCUGUUCGGGGUCACGGCAAACACGUCCCUCGACGGCGUCGGGUACUUUUCCAACUUGAGGAUUCAAAUCUCUAGCAACAUGCCUUGUGAAUUCUCGGAUGUUCCGUGUCCCUUGGACAAACAGCCUUUGAGUAUUAUGAUCUCUGCGGGUGAUAUCUUCACCAUGACAAGAAGCUUCUUCGUGACUAACGGGCCUUUGAACAGCCUUCUCGUAGCCCAGCAGCCGGCCGGUGUGGUACAAGGUGUAGCCUUCCAGACUCAGCCGGUGGUCAAGCUCGUGGACUACUAUGGAAACACUGUCAGCUCGCCCUCGAAGAAUGCCUAUGUGGUUGAAGUAGAAAUUUCGAGUGAAACAUCUUGCGUUGACGGCAACUGCAACACCUGCGGAGAUUGGUGUGAUGGCUCCAUUAUCAGCGGAAAGUGUUAUCGCUACGAUUCCAGCCGAACCACCUGGGCUGUGGCUGAGAGCAAGUGUGUGGCCUGGGGUGGAACUCUGGCAAAACUUUCAUCCUCCACAGAGCAGGACAUCGUAUCGCUGAUUGCUGGGAACAACGAGGUUUGGAUCGGGCUCCAGUACGAUGCUGAUUUACGCGCAUGGAAAUGGAUCGACAAUGUUCGGCUCCUGAUCGACCGCUGGGCUGCGUCAGAACCGCACGUGUCUCUCAAUUGCGCGUCAAUGGAAGGAAGCAGCUGGUACUCCAAGUCCUGCUCAGCGCUCCUCCCCUCGGUCUGCGUCCGAUCCUUCGAUCCCACCAACGUCGAUCAGUACCGCUGCGAGACCUGCGUGUCUCUCAGCGGCACUCGAGCGCUGACUGCGGUUGAUGGCUUCGUUGAGUACUCUGACCUCAGCACAGCCAGCGAUGUCGGUUACUACAAGCUGAAUUUCGUCGCCUACUCGAUUGACAGCUCUAUCCAAGACGUUGGGCGGCCUACCGGAAUGUCCGGCCCUUUCUCAGUCGUCCCCCGUGCUGCUGUGAUGCAAAUUUUCCAGCAGCCGAGUGACUCUUGUGCAGAGCAGCCGUUCGAGCACCAGCCGAUGAUUUACGUACUCGACAGCUCCAACAUGUUGGUGAAGGGUUCCGUCAUGUUGGUCACAGCUUCUCUCAAGGAUCCCAACGCUACUGUCAGACUGCUAGGCAUGCGGACGCAGGCUGCGCGUGACGGAGUAGUUGUGUUCACUGAUCUUCGAGUGGACGGGCCCUCGAUCUCAGGUCUGAUGCUGGAGUUUUCGAUGAUGGUUGGAACAACCAGGUUGUUUGUUGACUCUCAAAUCUUCGUGGUCCUUCCUCCGGCUACACGAAUGAUGAUCCGCUCGGACUUCCACGACAUUUAUGUUGCGGGGCAAAAUUUCAAUGCUGUACAAGCAAGGUUGCUAAACUCAGUAGGAACAAAGGUUCCGAUCACUAACGCAGUGAUCCAAGUAUCGGUUUUCACGGAUGAGAAUGAAGUUGUAGGACAAGCUCUCGGUGGUACAACUAGCUUCCUAGUCACCCGCGGCGAGCAAGUCUUGGAGGGCAUUCAAGCUCUCAAGUCUUCAUCUGGCAAUGCUCGGUUUCGUUUGCUGUUUUCCUGUCAAGGAAUUGGUUUGCAAGCUCUUUCUCCAAGCUUUCAGGUAAACUCCAAUCGCUUUGUCGAUUUGGACUUCGUCCGGCAGCCUGCAAUUAUUUCCACUAUUGGACUGGUAGAUAGAUUCACCAUUGCUACGAAAGAUGCCUGGGGAACUUACAACUUCAAAUCUUCUUUCUCCUUCGACAUGCAAGCUUGUCUUAACUCAACAGAAUUUUGCAUAGAAUUUGGGACAGAGUAUGACCAGGCUUCAUCGGUUUGUGCGCUAAGAAAAGCCGCAUUCAAGCUUGUCAAGGUUGUUGUAGACAUUCCGAUGCGACCUAGUGGCAUUCGUUUUGGCCAGCAGCCGGUCAUUGAAAGAGCAGGAGUGAGGUUUCAGGAAUUUGUCAGUUGCGAGAUGUACGACGAGUAUGGAAAUGUCUUGAACACAGACGCUUACAGUGUGGAGAUUGUAGUUACCAGUGCAUCUGGCUCAGGAUGCUAUUUCAAUCGCGAUUUGCAAUCAUACCCAUACCAAGGCAUUCAAGUGCAAGUUGGUGGUCCGAGUGAAAAUAUGAGUAUUGCUUCACCUGGAACUCUGCAAACAAUUGGUGGGAUCGUGAUAUGGGAGAAUCUACUCUGCAACGUAGCUUCUGAAGGAUGUUCUGAGUGCGAGGCGAAUUCCUGCAAUGAUCACAACGCCUACACAAUGCAAUGCAGAGCUACCGGAGAUUUCUGCAACCCGUGCGUAUCAGAAGCAAAGUUCCACGUUUAUCCAGAUGCGCCUUCAGCCAUUGUAGGAAAUAAGAUUGAUGUCGUCGUUGCAGGAUCACCGGCGUAUGGAGCAAGAAACGCAGGAUUCGUUAUUCCACCUGAAAUCAGUUUGGUUGAUGUAUAUGGGAAUUUGGUAGUCUGUGGUAAUCCAGGAUCGAUGACGGUGAGAGUAGAGCAGUUCAAAAACCCGUACAUCUCAAGCCUGGAUUUCUGCACCUCAGAAACUUCUUUGAAUGGCUCUGUAUGCCUGGAUGGGCAAACAGCAUCGCAAGUUGUUGCAGGAAAAUCUACCUUUGGAGGUCUGUACCUUCGUUUUCCCGGCAAAAACUUCAUACUCAGAUUUGAAUACCAAGGCAUGACCUAUCGCACUGAGCAAUUCGAUGUUUUACCGCAGGCCCCCAAGAUCAUCGGGUUCAGGCUUUCUCAAUACCUCACUGAACUCAUCGUAAAUUUUGAUUCAGAGACGAACAUGGCCAACAUGGGAGGAAGCACUAGCUGUCGCUUGGUUUUGCCAGCUUCCAUGCUGCCUGUGCUUGGAAUAGAUCCAUUGUGCACGUGGACCUCUCCGAGCACAAUGCAGAUCGAGCUUGGGUUGAACCCAACAGUCAAGCCUGGAGAUCUGGUUUCUAUCUACGAGGCUUCGAGCCAGAGCUCCUUGUUGUGGUUUCCUGUUGUGCAAGCGAACGGAAUGGUCUACCUGCAACGGAUCACAGGAGUCAGUGACGUGGUUCCUGUCAGGAAUAUCAGCUCAGUGACGACUCUCAAGUCAAAUCAAGUUUCUUGCCACCAGAUCACUAAACCUAUGGCCCUCCAACUGACAGCUCAACUGGAGAUCGACAACGAGAUCAGUGUGACUGACGUGGAAAGAAUCACGAUUGAUGGUAGGAACUACUACUUUGUAUCCCUCUACUGUAAAGGACAGAAUUGUCCCUUCGAUAUUCGAGUUGCUGCAACAUCUGCGGUCUUCGCCUUGAAUUCAACGUUGUUCGUAACAGAUCAGCAAGGCAACUUCGUGCCAUAUCAGCACAUCGAGACGUAUGGAGCCACUGAUAUCGAGCCCUUCUACAAGAAAGAUGAGGACAUGAAUGGUGGAAUACGGUACAAGCAGUUUGUGGCCAUUUGUAACUACAAGGGAAACAACAUGAUGCAAAAUGGUUUCAUCAGCAUCUUCGUGUGGGAGAACCAAAAGUUUGAGCUCCGACAGACCAUGCCUUGUAAGCGCUGCACGAGCGCUUCCUAUGCCGAGCACAAUGAAGAGCACUAUCUAGCUUUUACUAACACGGGAGCAGAGAAUUUCGUGUCCAUCUUUCGUUGGGUGCUCGGAUCUUUUCGAGAAGUUCAGGUCUCACCCAACUCCGGCAUGAUCAUGUGGGUCGGCGGGCGCUUCGAAGAGUUCAUUCAGGACAUCCCGACGGAAGACGGAGGCUACUGCAAGCUCUAUCACAUCCCCUCGCAGCCUUCUCUCUACCUUGGAAUAGCUGACCGCAAGCGGCAAGGGCAGUACCGAUCGAACGUCAAGAUCUACCGCUGGCAAGAGACUAUCUGUGAUGUUCUUCGCAACAUCUCGUGCUUUCGAUCCUUCAUAGAGCUUCCAGCGGUUGGUCCUCAGUCGUUCACUCCCUUCUCCAUGAACAACAAGGAUUACGUUGCGAUUGCGAACCAGUUCGAGGGGAUGGAAGGGAACGAGCAUUCGGAGCAAUACAAGCAAGAGUCUUACAUCUAUCAGAUUGACUACCAACUCAAGACGGCCUCCUUCAUUCAGGCAAUUCCAACAGCUGGAGCUUACCUGUUCGACUUCCUCACUACCACUCAAGACGGCACCGACCAGCACUUCUUAUCUGUGGCGAACUUGCGGGGCUUCGCAGGUUUCGAAACGACAUCGAGGGUCUACAAGUGGGUGCAACCGAAAAUUUACAAUUCAAGCGUCUUGUGUAACCAAGCGAACACUCGACAAGGAUAUUUCUCCCUGAUUGAUGAAGUAACUUGGAAAGCCUCGAAGAAGUUUUCCUUCUUAGGAGUGGAUCAAGACAACAAUAUCAAGUUGUUGCUUGUCUCCCUCGCUGGAAGUGGCGUGGUUGCAAGAUUUUUCGAUCUGAGUGAAAUCAUGUUGAAGCCCAAUGUGAUAGUGAAAUAUCCGAAGGUCACUGGAGCCUGCAGUCGAAUAUAUUUUGAUGCGAGGGGCUCGGGCAAUGGCGGCGGCAGAACCUUGAAACCCGUUUGGAAGUUGCAGAGCUUUGUGCCGUUGCUGCAGAAUCAAGCUUCGCCAACGUCAGACUUCUUCAGCAAGAUUGCCGGAGCCUCUGCGCUGCUCCUCGACUUCAGUGAGCUCUUGCCAUCGUGCGCAGGAGAUCCUGUCUGUAUCGACAAAUAUGUUCCUUCUGGAUCGUACACGAUGAUGCUAAGCCUUCAAAAUUGGAUCGGAGGAAAGUCAGAAUCAACAUUUUCUUUCAUCAAGCACGACUUUCCUACGCCCAGCAUCUGGGUGUUGACGAAAGAUGUCAUUUCCAUUUACUCUGACAAGGAAGUUCUCUUUGAGGUGUCUAUGGCUACCAGUGAGUGUGAGAACGUUUCGUCUUUGAGCUACUCGUGGAAGUUUUCACCGAAUGUGGUCGCUCCCAAGACCGAUGCAUUACAGCUUAGAUUGCCGUCAAAUGCAUUGUCGCCAAAGACGAAUUACAAUCUAUCUUUCUCUGUUACCUCCUACAAUUUCCAGGCUUCUGUAAUGUUUCAGGUUCUGACUCUUCGGUCACCUCCUAAGAUCACUAUCAUCGGAGGCAACAUGCUCAUCUCCAUGAACGUUGCUGGAAAGCAUCUUCUUGACGCUUCCAACUCCCGCAGUUCAGCAGGUAGCAACGAGCUUCUGUUCCACUGGAGCUGCUACCAGAACGCACGGUUGGGUCCUGCAUUGGCUGGUCCAAUAGCGAUCAGUUGCGCUCGUAUAAUAGCCGAUGGAUACUCUGAAUUUGAGCCAGUGUUACAGCUUGACAAGGCUAAAAUGUUGGAUCAAUCUCGCGCUUUCACUUCAUUGCAGUUGCCGACAUAUACACUCGGUUGCAACUUGCAAGACCCCUUUGCCGUUCAUUGUGAUCCCAGCGCUUUCUAUGAAUUCCAACUCGUUGUUUGCGAUGAUCCUAAACGAGAUUGUACUCAGAGCAACCAAGAAUUCGUUUCUAUCUACCGCACAUGGCUUAAAACUUCACCAGCAAACGUGCCUGAAACAUCGCUUGCAACUCUGACAGCCGCUGUAAGUAACUCAAGCAACAUUCUCCUCAAGAGUCAGGCAACUGCAAACACACAAUAUAGAUGGGUUCAGCUGUCACCGCCUGGUUCAAACUUGCUGACGACAAGCAACAUUCUGUCAAGUGUUUACAGCAGUUCUCUGGUCCUCAAGUCCGGUCUUCUCCUCGACUCAACCAGUUACACAAUUCUGAUAUACUCACAAACGUCUUCGGCUCUGAACAAUCUUGACGACGUCGCAAAUUGCAUGUCUUGUGGCUGGGCUCAGGCACAAUUUGAAUCAAUGUCUGCGAUCAGGGGCGGCCUGAUUCACGUCUCGCCGACGUUUGGAACUUCGGCUCAAACAAGUUUCUCGUUCUCGACAGAAUCAUGGAUGACGCACACGAGCUUCAACCAAGACGAUCUCCCUCUAUUGUACAGCUUCUACUAUGAGUCCGAUGGAGUCAGGAAGUACCUCUCUGCAGGCUCUUACAGCCCAUCCGUCACUUCCAUCUUGUCUGGAGGAGAACCCAGCCAAACCUGCUCUCAGAGUGCAACAUGCAGGACUAAAACGGUUUAUGUAUCAGCCGCAUUUUCGACGGAAAGAUCGAUUGUGUCCCCUGGAGUCACAGUGGAGUUGUCGUUGACAGAUCCAAACAACGCCAAGAGAUCCAUCGAAUCGCAGCUUGCGACGAUAUUAAAGUAUCACGCAAGCGAUAUCGUUGGUAAGUUUGCCUCGUCCACGGGCACUUUGGCAGAUUUCAUGAAUGAUAAGACCGUCAAUUGGGAAUUCUACGCAGUAGGAUUGGAUUACAAGAAAGGCAAGAAGUGUAUUGCUGUCUCAAGUGAGAGAUACUUCUGGGCUGGAGCCUGUCUCACAAAGCAGCAUCAGAGCGGACUGGAAAUCAUUACCUCUUUGAAUUUAUUGUCUGAAUUAAGCGUGAUUGGGUUUACCCCUGGACAAGUUCCUGCUCAAAUGUCGUCAAGCGACUUCUUGAUGGAAACAUCGGUGCAUGACGCAGCAGGUCUUGGAGGAAUGAGCUACACUCUUUCCCGAUUGUGGAGCGGCUGUGCAACAUGUAUCUACAUCACCGCAGCAUUGCAAGUGACGUUUCCAAAGGCGCUUCAGAUGACUGGAAUCUAUCAAGUUCAAAGAGCGAUGGUGCUGAACAACCCUUUCGACAUCAGCCAAACACAGCUGUUGUGUAUCAAUUCAAAAUUGCAAUCUCUGUGGUCGAGUUCAGUGGUAUACCUUCCGGCUGAUACCGCAGGAAACCUGUAUCAAGACAGGGUGAGGAAAAAUGUGAUGAAAUUUGGAUUUGACUCCUGUGAAAUCCUGUCACCUGUCUACGUUAUCAAUGUUCGGCCUGAUCAGACAAGUAAGUACCUGGAUGCUGUUCUCUCGGACUCCCCUAUAGAGUUUGUUCUCUCGUUCGAUCCAAAGAAGAAUGCGGAAGUCUCGUCGGGAGUGUCGGAUCCGUUCACCGGAGUUUCAAGCACUGCCUCUUGCGUUAGAUUUGACGUGUCAACUGGCAAGUGGAGCACGAGUGAUGUCCAACACGUUGAAACCAACUUUGGAUAUGCAAAUGGUACUGGAGCCUUCGUGAGAUGUCGCAGCAAAAAGCUUGGAAUCUUUGCUGUGAGCGAGGUACCUGCGGAUUGCCGGAAGCAGACGUUGGGAAAGACAGUGAACGACGAAUGCGGGGUAUGCGGAGGAGACAACUCAGCUUGCUCCGGUUGUGAUGGCAUACCAAACAGUGGUCGAUCAAAGCUGUGCAGUGGUCAUGGGAAAUGCUCAACCGAUCCUGUCGUUACCAACCGCAAGUGCAUUUGUGAAACCAAAUAUUAUGGGGCCGUCUGUCAUGUGGCAUGCAGCCGAGACCUCAAUUGCAGCAAUCACGGAGAUUGUGUUGUGACUUCGAUGAGUACCUUGAGCAUGGAGACUGAUUCCAAGUGCGUCUGUGACUCCAAAUAUCAGCCCAUCAGCAACAUAACAGGGCUACGACCAGUAGCGACCUGCGUGAAAAUCCCCACCAAGCCCAGGUUCUCACCGAUCGUAUGGUGGUUCCUGCUUGUGGGAGUUCCUGUGAUAUCUAUUGCUCUUGUUAUCCUAGCGAUUUUGGGAUGGCGAGCAAGACAGGCGAGUUUGCAAGUGCGGAGCUUGCAAAAAGAAAUUGCGCAACUCAAGGAUCGAGACUUGAUGCUUCAAGACCCUGCCAAGCACUUGCUGCCUAAUCGGAUGGAGGUCGAGGCUGAUCUCUGUCAAGUCGCUGUGCAUGGGGAUGCAGUUCCGGCUGUGAUGCGGAUUCAGUCCAUCAAAUCUCCCAACACGACCGUCGCCCCUGAGGUCGAGCGUCCAAUGCUGCUCGAGAGUGACGAGUCGAGUGGUUCGAUCGUCGGCGAAACAAAGGAGGAGGAGGGAGGCUUGCAUUUGAAGUAUGGGUCCAUCUACAGGCUCCGACAACAGGGAACCGGUUUACAAGCAAGGGAACCAAACCUGAAUUUCGCUGAGGAGCAAGUCGAUGACUCCGAUGGCUCGUUCUGA